AAUAGUUGUGGCUCACGGGCUCUAGAGCAGAGGCUCAGUCGUUGUGGCGCAUGGGCUUCGUUGCUCUGUGGCACAUGGGAUUUUCCUGGAGCAGGGCUGGAACCCCUGUCCCCUGCAUUGGCAGGUGGAUUCUUAACCACUGCCCCACCAGGGAAGUCCCUGUGAAAUCAUUCGACUCGCCAGUGCCCCAGGUCAGCGAGCGGAGGGACGCGGACUCCAGUCGGAUGCAGAUGCCGCCGGGGAACCCGCUGCUGCUGUCGCUCACGCUGCAGGAGCUGCUGGCCAGGGACGCCGUGCAGGUAGAGCUCAUCCCCGAGAAGAAGGGCCUCUUCCUGAAGCACGUGGAGUAUGAGGUGUCCAGCCAGCGCUUCAAGUCCUGCGUGUAUCGACGGUACAAUGACUUCGUGGUCUUCCACGAGGUGCUGCUGCAGAAGUUCCCGUACCGCAUGGUGCCGGCCCUGCCGCCCAAGAGGAUGCUGGGAGCCGACAGGGAGUUCAUCGAGGCCCGGAGGAGAGCCCUGAAGCGCUUCAUCAACCUGGUGGCCCGGCACCCGCCCUUCUCCGAGGAUGCCAUCCUCAAGCUCUUCUUGUCCUUCAGUGGCCCCGACGUGCAGAGCAAGUUAAAGGAGUCGGCUCAGUGUGUGGGAGACGAGUUCAUGAACUGUAAGCUGGCUGCUCGGGCCAAGGACUUCCUGCCAGCCGACAUCCAGACCCAGUUCGCCAUUAGCCGGGAGCUGAUUCGCAACAUCUACAACAGCUUUUACAAGCUUCGCGAUCGAGCCGAGCGGAUGGUGUCGCGGGCCAUCGACAAUGCUGCUGACCUUCUCAUAUUUGGGAAGGAGCUGAGUGCUCUAGGGUCUGACACAACCCCGCUGCCCUCCUGGGCCACUCUGAGCAGUAGCACGUGGGGGUCGCUCAAGCAGGCACUGAAAGGCCUGUCCGUCGAAUUUGCACUGCUGGCUGACAAGGCUGCGCAGCAGGGCAAGCAGGAGGAGAACGACGUGGUGGAGAAGCUGAACCUCUUCCUGGAUCUGCUGCAGUCCUAUAAGGACCUGUGUGAGCGGCACGAGAAGGGCGUGCUGCACAAGCACCAGCGGGCGCUGCACAAGUACAGCCUGAUGAAGAGGCAGAUGAUGAGCGCCUCCGCGCAGAGCCGCGAGGCCGAGUCCGUGGAGCAGCUGGAGUCCCGCAUCGUGGAGCAGGAGAACGUGAUCCAGACGAUGGAGCUCCGCAACUACUUCUCCCUGUACUGCUUGCACCAGGAGACGCAGCUGGUCCAUGUGUACCUGCCCCUCACCUCCCACAUCCUGGGGGCCUUUGUCAACUCCCAGAUCCAAGGGCACAAGGAGAUGAGUAAGGUGUGGAAUGACCUGCAGCCCAAGCUGCACUGCCUCUUCACCGGCCCGCACGGCACCCCGACCCCACCGAGGUCCGCGCAGGACGGCCUAUUCCCUCACUAGCGCCGGGAGGACGCGGGCGGCAUCUCCGGCACCCUCACUAAACCUUCUUUCCAAAUGGUG